UUUUUUCAGCCCUCCUUUCACUGGGAUCCACGCAAUCCGCUGUAAGUACAUUCUUUUGCUCUGAGGUUGUAAUUUCUAUUUUCUCUUUCCUUUCCGCGGUCAUGACCAGUAUUGGUUAAAAUCAAUGUUGGGAAUUAAAGAAAUCAUAUCCCAGUUUGACUGAUUUUCAGUGUAAACUCAUAGUAAUAAACUGGGCGUUGGGAUAGAAUUUAAAAUACGCUUUACAAAUUAACGCCUGUAAUUUUUCGUACAAUGUCAUUUAUUAUAUGAAAAGUAAUGAUUAUGAUUAAGUAAUCAUAGCGAAGAGUUUCAGUUUUUAAAACUUCCAAGAGUUAUAAAAUCAAAUUCAAGAAAAAGAAAACGCAGCUUUUAAUUAUUUUGGAAACCCCGUGAAGACCUAACAAGAACGUAUAUGCGUGUAAACGUACUGCUGAAAGUGUGUUUUUUGAAAGGUCACUCUAUAAAAGGGUUUGUAGGGUUAUUGGUUAUCAAACUGUGUUUAAUAAAGCCACGUUCUAACGGUUAGCUUAAUAUUAACAUUUAUUAAUUUUAUAAGUUUGUUAAGAAACUAUAAAACACGAACUAAAUAAAAAAAUUUAUCUGCUUGCUACAAACUGCCAUAUCUUGCGGUCCAAUAAUUGUUUGAAUCCUUUAUAACGGAGGAAAUUGGUACUACCUUCGGCUCUGAAAACGGAUAGACUUUUUUGUGGCUCGUACAUAGAAAUGGCGUUCAAUCUCCUGAGGAAGACGGUAACUGCUGUUCAUAACUGGUACUUGCAUGUAUCGACACGUAAAAAAUGUAAGGUUUUUAAUUUUGUUUUCAAAGGUUCACUCCGCAUGGCCUUGAGAUCAAUGUUCUGCCAAAUUCCCAGCUCAACUUCAUUUGUCCAAACCCAGCCAGUGUGCUGACGAAGCAAGAAUGCAGUAUUCCUAAGGAACAGAUGAACGAAAACAUGUGGAUAGUCGACAAAAGUGAAUAUGACACGUGUACUGUAAAUGCGAGUGUCUCAAGCCUUCUUCUGGCUAGUAGGAAUAUUUUUAACUGCCGGAAUCCUUCACAGCUGAGGUAUUAUGAGAUGGUGUUCAGAUCGCAUAGUCCUACUCCUGGAGGAUUGGAAUUUUCACCAGGAAAGAAAUAUUACUUUAUAGGUAUGGGUAUCCAUGUGGUAGUUAAUUUUUUCUCAGUUAUUUUUUAUUUUUACACUUCUUUUGGGUAUGGUUAUGUAUGCGAAUGAAUAUAAAAAACAAAGGAAAACAAUAAUUACCUGAAAUAAAAAAUGAACUGCGAGAGAUACAUUUAAAUUCGGUCAAAAGGUGCGCCAAGGGGAGAUGGGCAAGGAGCAAUUUAGGUUUCUGGGAAACUGCCCACCUACCCCUCCCCUAAGCUAUCAUUUUGCCCUAAGUGAGCAGUAAUUGUAAAUGUUAGCUUAGGGGAGGGGUAGGUGGGCAGUUUCCCAGAAACCUAAACUGAUCUAUGGGCAAUAGGAUGCCGUACCCCAUCACCCUCGAUCACAACGGACCUCCCUCCCCCACCCACCCAACCUCGUCCUCGCCCCUUUCUCUUUUCCUGGUUGUGUUCAAAACCAUUAAACGUUACUGGGACACUGCCCGCCUAAAAACUAAACUCCGACACCCAGGGUACCAGCUAUUCGGCUCUGUCACAAGAAUACAAGCUUUAACCCUAUGAUGUUAUUUUUCUCCUUAGCAACCUCGAACGGCACCAUUCAAUCGCUUGCCUCGCAUGAGGGAGGACAUUGUUUGUCAUCAAACAUGAAGAUGGCUAUUUAUGUUUGCGUUGGAACAUCAGGUGAGAAAGUUCGGAUAAAUCGAGGUUUCUAGGUAACUGACCACCUACUCCUCCCUUAAGUCACUAUUCUGCCCUUAGAUAGUGACGAGCUAUUGUUCGUGUUGACUUGGGGAGGGGUAGGUUGUCAGCUACCCGGAAAUCUAAAUUGCCGAAAGUUCUCCCUCGUAAAUCAUAUUUCAUUCAUUUAUUGAUUAUUUAUCCUAAUCUCCAGGCUGCUAUUACGCAUGCUCGGCAAGUAUGUAGUUUUCGUUUGGACUUCCAAAAUGGAAUGCGCAGAACACAAUCUGAUCACGCGCGUUUGGACCUUCUAUCACUCGUGAUCUGAUCACGAGCUUUUGACCAUCUGUCAAGUGAAACUUACGAAAAGCACAGCGUUUUUAGCAACAGCGUUCUGACCUUCGAUCGUUGUCGCCCGCACUCCGUAACCUUUGGUUAUUGCGGGUGACAAGAGGAGCCCGCAGUCCAAAUCUCCUGGUUGUUAUUACACUUGCGUCGCGUGUAUGUAGCCAGAACUCGUUUGGACUUCCAUUAAGAAUGAAUGGAAUGUAAAGAACGCAGUUUGAACAAGAGUGUCUCGACCUUCUACCCCUCGCAAACUGAUCACGCGUGUUUUGACCAUCUGUCACGUUAAAACUUAAGCAAAGCAGAGCGUCGGAGCAAAAGCGUUUUGACCUUCGAUCUUUGUCACCCGCACUUCCUAACCUUUGGCCGGUUGUUACUUGUACUUAAUGUUGAUAUGGUUUGGAUUAAAACAGGGGCACCCAACGACAAUCUUCGGAAAAUGUCUGUUCGGAAGACGAUUUGAGAGCUAGAAUUUUCGGAACAUUUUUUGUAAAAUUUCUUGCUUGCCUGCCUCUCCUAGGAUUUUCGAACAUCUAAAAAUGGGAUAAUUACCUAUUUUUAACGGAUUUUUACCCUAAAAAAGGUCACCUAGAAUUUUCGGGAGCCUUUUUUCUGGCUGGAAUUUUCGAAAAGGUAAGUUUUGAUCCCUAUAAUUUUCGGAUCACUAGACUUUCAGCUAGGAAAUCCGAACAGAUAAAAAGUUUUUAGGGGAUAAAAAUAUGCCUAUAUCUACUAAAAAAUACUAAAAUACGUUUAACAAUGCUAUGUUUAAGUGGUUUUGAACUAUAUUCUCGUUGGGUGCCCCUGAUUAAAACAGACAGACAAAUCAUAAAACAGCAUAAUAUGAAAUCGAUCUGUUUAUUUUUAAGAUAAAUUUUGUGAUUAUCAUUAUUAUUAUUAUUUUUAGAUCCUAAAUGCAUCAAUGUUCCAGACGUUUCCUCAUCUCAUUCAAUGUCCGUUGCUCCUCAAACUUUGACAGAGACCGUGAGUUAUUGCCCAACACCAAGCAUCCCCGCGUGUCCUAUUCAAGAGUCCAGUCCAAUGAUGUCAUCCUCCGGAAAUCCAAGCAUUUCCUCGUCUACUAUUCAGCAGUCCAGUCCAGUACAGUCAUUUUUCGAAACUCCGAGCAUCUCUUUGUCUCCUAUUCAACAGUCCAGUCCAAUGCAGUCAUCGACAAUUUCAGCGUCCAUCAGUCCCUCAAGUAGUGCGCUUGCGUUAGCGUCAUCGACCGAUGUCCAGUGCCAGGGUUAGAAUUCCAGAUGACUCUCUAAAUUAUUGAUACAAAUCAGAAUUUUCUGCUAUUAAAGAAAAAUCUUUAAAAUAACACCACUUAAUUGCAUUGCAUUUUCUAGCUUCUAUUACGUAUACCAUGUUGCUAACAGAUCCAAAUUCAAGUCCUCAAAAGAAGAGCUAGAGAUGUAACUUGAUUGGCCAAUAAUAAUAAUAAUUAUUGGAUGAGGUUUUUGUGACAUCCUGAAUAAUCAAAUGUUAUCAACCGAGCCGAAGGCCGAGGCUGAUAACACUUACUGAGACCUUGAUUAUCUAGGAUAACACUAAAACCGAAUCUAAUAACUAUUUUAUUGUACAUUGUUUUGAAGAAAAUAACCUCAAACAUACCGUCGUAAGGAACCUGAAUUGAUAUUGUUGAGAAAAUCAUGCACUGCGCACGCAACCUACAGAUUAGUCAGUUAUCUGCAAGCAGAUAACUAACUAAUCUGUAGGUUGCGCUGAUUUCCAAAAUAAGCUGUAGGCUCUUAGCCAAUGAGAAGACAAAUAGUGAGUACAAUGUGUAAUAACACAAUUAAUCUGUUACGUAACAAGAUUCUUUACCCUUUUUAGGGGAGUCCAUUGCUGCAGAAUUUUACUCGCUAUUCGUGAACCAGACAUACGCGUUGGCAGCGAUCUACAACUACACUUCUUUGCUCCCUGGCCUAGACCUUCUUGUUCAAAGCAUAAAUUCUUCCUUACCAGUAACAACCCAGGAGGUGGAGGUGAACCAAGUGAAGAACUGCAGUAAUUAUACAGAGGUAGCCCCCAUAGCACCAGCAUGUCCUCUUGGAGUACAAGCCCCUAGUAAGAUAUGACCAAGUGGUAGUCCUAUUUACUCCUAGGUGAAAGGUGACAAAGCAUUGAAAUAAAUUUGUUUUUUUGGGCAUAUGUUGAAUAACAAAUGCUACCAUGUGGAAGUACUGCUGAAGAGGUUUCAUUUGAAUGGUCACAACACAGAACUUGAAAGUCAAUAGCGUGAUUCUGUGGGUGUUGAGGGUUCGAGGUCAGGGAUUAAAAUCAGAGUGCGCGGAUAUUUUUCAUCAGAGCUUUCUCUGGUUGUUGCGCCAUACUGACGAGCCCCAAAAAGGGCAAAACAGCUGUCUAUGGCUACAAUCGUGCUCUGUUUUGAGUUCUUUCGAUGUCGUGUUGAUGUCUUGCAGAGUUAAUUUUCACGUAGUAUGAUCAGCAUUGCAGUAUUCUACUUGCAGAAUUUAAUAUGUCUACAUUAUUAUUUUUGCUGAUCAGGUCUUUAUAGAUCCUACGUUCUUCGGCAUAUUCGUUUGCCGUCCUUUGCAAUCCUUUGUGGUUAAUGUUUGAGCUAUGGAAUCAACCAUUUGAGAUAAUUUUCUUACAUAAAUAUUCAUUUAAUUUUAUUUCUUUUCUUUUUUGCCAAGUUCUUCACAGCUGCAAAGAAAUCAUGGACGCAAGUUAUACGCUAAGCGGUAUUUACCGAAUUGAUCCCCAAGACGGACAAGGCGGCUUCGGAGUUCACUGUGAUCAGGAGACCGAAGCGGGUGGGUGGACGACCGUCCUUCGAAGAAUGGAUGGCAGUUUAGAUUUUCACCGGGGAUGGAAUGCCUAUGUGGACGGAAUGGGAGAUAUGACUGGAGAAUUCUGGAUCGGUUUGGGCAAGUUGCGAAGAUUGACUGCUAACAAACAGUUCACCAUCAGGUUCGAUCUCCAGGCCCCGUAUGGAGAGAAAAGGUACGCUGAGUAUACUGGGAAUUCACUAGGUGACUGGUCGACAAAGUACCGGAUAACUGUUGGAAACUACUCAGGUAAGAACCCGGGGGGGGGACUUUAAGAAUUUUUGGGUAGGGAUGUGCCGCUGGGACCCUGGAACCCUUACCCUAUAAUAACCUAAAUAAUAACCUAAACUCCCCAAAUCCCCCCACCUUCCCCCCUCCAUCCAAAAGCAGCUUUUAGGCUGAGUCGCGUAAAUUUAAUUUAAUUUAUAUUUUUGAGUGGCAAUUCCCGGUUUCCCUAGUCUAGCCUAAAAUCUUUGACCAACUGAUCAGUUUUCUGGAAAAUGAUACCCAAUUCUAUACCCAAACACUCUGAUUUAUCAACCCUAUCCCAGAGUAAACUGCUUGAAAACCAUACCCCCCCCCGGAUUUAGACUAACUGGGUCUGGAAGGGUAUUCUCGGGAUGCGGGAUUUGAAUAAAACACGGUGCGGGAUUCGGGAAACGGGAUCGGACUGCACCCGGGAAGCGGAAUUUCAAAAUUUGGGCUCGGAAUGCGGAAACUGCGACGUUGUUGGCCUUGGAACUUAAGAAUCUCAAAAGCACAGCUUCGACUCAAACAAAUAUGUCUUCUAAGCAGUACACCAAACGUUGCAAACAACAAAAGUGAACUUUGAAAAACUGUUAGGUUAACAAGUUUUUAAAAACCACAACUGCAAUCCGUUUUAAUCUUCUUCAAGUUUAUUCAUCUGGGCCUCCUUUUGUAGUUAACGUUAUUUUACGUUUAUCGUUAUGUUUGGGUAAUUGUUAUGUUUCACUCAAUUUGGAGGCAGUUGCCAUCCUUGAAAUUUUUCUAAAUUCCCCCCCCCCGGGGGGGGGGGGAUUCCGCAUAUGAAAGGGGUGGGGAUGCUCCUGGGAAAUUUUGAAUUAAACCCCUACAGGAGACCGAUCUGGGCGUGGCCCAAGCUUUUUUUGACCCCUAAAAGAGAUCAUGUUAAAACACAGACAAAUGAGAAAACUUGGAUUAUAUGAAUGGAGUAAAUGAAACGCAUUAAAAAUAUACAUAUCAAAUAUAUAUUUUCAGAUUUUUUCGCGUGCAACCCUAAACGAGACCUUCACGGCUAAAUAUGAUGGCGUUUUGCCCAGAACAUCCUAAGUGAGACCAAAAUCUGAAAUUUACACCCCUACGCGAGACGACGAGCAUCCCCACCCCUUUUAUAUGCGGAGUCUUCCCCCCCCCCCGGGAUUUUGUGACACAGCUAUUUUAAGUGACGUUUUUUGAUUGUCUAAUAACAGCUGGUAAUGCUGGUGAUUCAUUCUCGUACCAUAACAACAUGAAAUUCUCAACGAAAAAUGCCGACAACGACGCAUCUAGACCUUCAUCCGUGAACUGCGCACAAUUGGCGAAGGGUGGCUGGUGGUAUAAUGACUGCCAGCAAGUCUGCCUUACUGGUCAAUACCUGAACGGGACACACGCUUCUGGAAUAGUAGGAAUACAAUGGAAGGCGUGGAAAGGCGAAGCCUUUUCUUUAUCACGAGCAGAGAUGAAGAUAAGAUUAGAAUAAUCCCGUCGAACUAAGCACGAAAGGAAAUAACUGUUCUUCGUAAAACCUAAAUGGAAAAGUACUGCUCAGUAGCUUUCAUUUGAAUGGUCACACCAUAGGAUUUCAUCCACAGACUCAAAAGUUAGAACCACCGUGUACAGUUUAACUAACAGUACCACAGGAAAGUACUGCUCAGUAGCUUUCAUUUGAAUGGUUACACCACAGGAUUUCAUCCACAGACUCAAAAGUUAGAAGCACCUUGUACAGCAUAAUAAACAGUACCACAGGAAAGUACUGCUCAGUAGCUUUCAUUUGAAUGGUUACACCACAGGAUUUCAUCCACAGACUCAAAAGUUAGAAGCACCUUGUACAGCAUAAUAAAUAGUACCACAAGAAAGUACUGCUCAGUAGCUUUCAUUUGAAUGGUCACAUCAUAGGAUUUCAUCCACUGACUAAAAAGUUUGAAUCACUUUGUACUCUUGUACACCAUAAUAACAGUAUGAUAAACAGCAACACAUGAUUGCUUUUAUGGAAUGCUCUACGUAUAUCUUUAUAAUCGCUGUCUUCACAACGCGUGGUCGAUACUCUAAAGUCUUACCUUUACUUAACAAAAUUGUUACCAUGUAAGGGACCAGCCUCCAUCCUAUUCAUUAGGGAGUUUUAGCAACGGCCACGGCGACGGCAACGAGAACGUCAAAACAGCAAUAGGUUUAUUAAGCAAAACAACAACUUUGCACGUGCAUCACGCUUUUUUGUUCAUUUCUUUGCCGUCACUGCACGACUACGGCGUGAAAAUGCCCAGUUUCACGUUUUAUGGAGGACUUAAACAAGCGACGACGAAAUUUUCUUUCUCUUUUUAAACUUGAGUGCGGUCCUUAUAAGAAAUUACCUCCAGGAAAAUUAGCCUACAUUAGACAUUUUCAGCGAAUUGGAAUAAACGCGACAAAGUUUGAAAAAAAAACGCUAAUUCAUUUUAAAAGUGACGUUUUCAAUAGUUCAAUGCCGUCGCUGUCGUCGAUGCUUAAAGUGGACAGAGGUUGCGUCACACUUCUCUGGCGGGAUUCGACAAAGGGAAAGAGGCUUAUGAGAACUAUAUUGAAUACUAUGUGAUGUAAGCAAGUCCGGUAGGCGCCCUAAGGCUUAUAGUUACGGUAAUAUAUUGUUAAAAAUAAUUAAGUUUUUGUACACUACUAAAUACACUACUGAGCCUUAAUUCAAAGGCCACCGAGUAGUAAUUAAACUACGAUCAACGGGCUGGAUUUCACUUUAGUCGCGUGCGAUUAAAAUCUCUAAAUCCUAGAAUGUUAUUCUGAAAGCCAGCGCUUUGAAUAGGACUUUUUGUUACAAUUCCUACAAUGCAGUAAGUACGUAAAUUCCUAUGUACAAACGUUGGGUUCCGCUCAUGAACAAAAAGGUAAAACUUCUUCCCUCCAGAAUUUGGCAUAAACAUCCAUGAUCUAUCCUAGAAAAGCGAGGUUAAUUACUGAAAAUACAAAAAGAUAUAUGAAAAAGUCAAAAAGUACGUCACACAAGCAAAUUUCCGAACAACACUGCGCAUUAUUUUAUACUUGUUGUGCAUGGGUAAUCUUUUCAACUUAGUUUACUGCUGUGGGAAUUCAUUUACGUAAAACUUGGCAAAUUUACGAAGUUUUUUCGUCUGACGUAAACAUGCAUAAGGAAGGAUUAUUCCCCCAGGAAUAUCUAGCUUUAACAAAAGGCAAAGAAUCAAUAGAUUUGAAAAUGGUUUAUUAUUCGUUAUGUCUUUUGUUCGAACAUUUCAAUAAAAAUUCAUUUUGAACAAGUGCAAGAUUAAACUAAUGAAGUUUGUCCGCAUGAAAGCUGUCCUUUUUAUCGUCUGGAAAAGGACGAUGAUGAUAUCCAUUCAAGAUCUUCUCCAUCUUUGGCUGGCGGCUGGUGUUUGCUGUGCUGGAUUCCAGCCCUCGUUUCACUGGGACCCGCGUAAUCCAAUGUAAGUACGUAAACAUUCAUGGCUAAUAGAGCGGUGUUUUGUACUUUCAGUUAUUUUAGGCGAACAAUAUUUUAUAUAGUUCCCAAAAUAAGCCUUUUCUUGUUGCGAACAAAACUCGAGACAGUGCUCCAACAAACAAGCCUAACAGUCGAAGGCCACCAGGCUUCAGAAAUCACUUUUAAAUCAGGGACCACAGGGUCAUAUUUCAUCGACGGAAUAACAUGUUCGACGCUCUCCGCAUAUAGACAAUGAACCACGCAAAAAUGCAGGGUGGUUUAAUACCCCGUCCACACGAAGCUGUGUAAAAACUAUGCGUUUUCAAUUCCAAAUAUCGCUCCCCUUUCACCUCGAAAUCCUCAAUGCGAAUCCUUGACAUAAAAUAAGUCAGAUAAUUUAUGAGAUAAACUAACAUCAAAACCAGGACUCGAGCUAGGACUCGAGCCAGGCCGUACUUCCAUGAUUGCCACAACCCUAACCCUUACCCUAACCUUCUAUGAUUGCCACGAAACCCUACUCUUAAUGGUCAUGUGACUGGCAGGAGGUGAAAAUGGCGGGAAAGCGAAAAAUUGUCGAGUCCUGCAUCGAGUCCUCACGGUCAACCAGGGUCUUUGAGUAUACAGUAUAUUUCGGGUAUACAGUAUAUGUAUUUUAUGCGUAAAUUUGGGUAUAAAGUAUUCACUCACAAGUAAUUUUGGGUAUAAAGCAUAUCUUGGUUUUCUUAAUUUUGUUUUUUUUACAUGAGUUUUAGUAUAAUUUCGGGUAUUUUGGUAUUCCACUACCCCCCACCCCACCCCUGGCCGAUCCUGAGUUUUGGUCCCGGUAACUUUACACUCAAAUAUUCAAAUCCCCAAGCAAACUACUGUUUCAUUAACUGACAGUUUUAUCGUGUCAGAUGCAAAACUAUUGAAACCUCGAUCUUUAAUGUAAACGGAGAUAGCUUACCGGGCCCGUUAAUUAUCGGGACUUUCGAGAAACGGGCCCCUGGCUCGGUAUAUAGGCAUCCUCAUAAUUUGUAUAGCGCGUACAAUUUUAUUUUGAGCGCGCGCAUUAUUUGUUUAUUUAUUUAAUUGACGUGUACAUUUAGUUCGUUUAUUAACGUCUUAAUUUUACUUUGCGUUAUUUUCCUCACUAAUACAUUGUCCGUGACUGUGCUCACAUGGUGGGUGGCUCCUCCUAAAAUGUUCUGCAACUGGUAUAGGAUUUAAUGGAGCCGAAACCAAUUGUGGAAUUGCAAGCAAUUUAGGCAUCCUACUGAUGAACAGUUGCGACACGUAGAUAUAUAUUUUUUAGCAACUAAGAUAAUUUGCAGUCUGUCUACUUUGAAUUGAAUAGGUAAUAGUAUGAUUUGUAGUGAUAUUUGGUAUAAAUACCACGAGUGAUAUUUCAAAAUUGUUAUACGUAAUUUGAAAUUUGAGACAAUUUUGAAAUAUCACGAGUGGUAUUUUUGCCAAAUAUCACGUACAAAUCAUGCUAUUAUUUGCUUAUACUACUACCCGCAAAAGGUUUGUAAUUUUCACAUGUAGGUAUUUCAAAUUAAGCUGAAAUACCACUGCUCUAAGCCAAUCAUAUUGCAGAAAUUUCUCACGUAGUAGUAUAAGUAUAGGUAAUAGCAUGAUUUGUAUUGAUAUUUGGUAUAAAUACCACGAGUGAUAUUUCAAAAUUGUUAUGCGUAAUUUCACGAGCCGUUAAGCGAGUGAAAUUUGAGACAAUUUUGAAAUAUCGCGAGUGGUAUUUAUGCCAAAUAUCACGUACCCACAAAAGGUUUGUAAUUUUCACAUGUAGGUAUUUCAAAUUAAGCUGAAAUACCACUGCCUAAGCCAAUCAAAUUGCAGUAAUUUCUCAUGUAGUAGCAUAAAUCCCGAAAUGAACAUUUCUUGAUAUCUUUAGAUUUCAGCAACCAGUGGAGAUUAAAGUCCAUCUAAAUUCCAAGCGCAACUUCAUAUGUCCCAACCCAGCCAGUGUAUUAACUGAGCAAGACUCCAGUAUACCACAGGAGCAAAUGUACGAGAACAUGUGGAUAGUGGACAAACAGGAAUACGAUACAUGCAGUGUAAAUACAAGCGUCUUAAGCGAUCCUCUGGUUAAUAGAAAUCUUAUGAUCUGCCGAAAUCCUUUGCAGUUAAGCUAUUAUGAGAUGGUGUUUAGAUCUAAAAGUCCACCGGGAGGACUUGAGUUUACACCAGGAAUCACCUAUUACUUUAUAGGUAAGAAGGAGCCCCCGAGGAGGGGAGGGGAGGGGAGGACUCUGCUCGAUUCUCCGCUAACAAGAACUAAAUUUCCUCUCCCUUGAAUAAAAUUUCACUGAAAUUAAACCCGAUAACUCGAAUUCGUCGCUAGCCUGCGAACAGCAGACGCAUUUCCGGUCGUCGCUUUUCUCUCUCCGAAAAUCCGGAAAAUGUGUCUGCUGUUCGCAGGCUAAUUCGUCGCAAACUCGAUCGGUUUUUCGUUUCCCUCCAGAGUUCGAGUUACCUGGGCUCUACUGUAUAUGAAAUGGUUGGGAAAUCUGUCAUUUUGGUCUGUAAAAAGACCAAAAGGGGCUAACAGACGCACUUCAUGGCUGUAAAAAAGACAAGAAAACUUCCUGGUUUAGUGGCAAUUCAUUCGUAUUGUAAAGACAAUGCAUUUACAGCAGUUAAAAGGGAUGGAAAGUUCUAAACUAGGUACGUGAAGUACGUGAAUUACCAUUUGUCAAUAGAAGGUGUACGAAUGUCUAAAAUGGUUUUUGAAAGGUUAAGACGGGUUGGACCUCGGAGCGUGAGCCUCCCCCUAAGAAACUUUGUUGCGUACCUCCCAGGGGAACAAGCUGGCGCUCGAUCACUGCAGAAAGAACUUUCUGAAAACUAGAAUCAUUUUUUUUUUGCUGCCUCCAAAAACACACAACAGCCUACGAGGGGGUUGAAAAUGCGUUAAAGAAUGAAAAACCUAUCGGUAGAAAGAGGUUUGUUAUUUCCAUUUCAACCAAUGAAUGGAUGACUCCCUUAAAAUCAUAAAACUGUAUUAAGUGAACUCUCUUUAGGAAGGACACCUUUUAACGGGACAGAAGACGUUUUAACUGGGUGACUUUUUUAAUUAAACGCGCAAAAGGAAGAUGUUCCAAGGGUGUGGAUCCUUUACAAAGUAGAAUUCAAGGAUACAGUAUGGGGCCAAGGAAUUAUAACGUGUAACCACGAAUGGUGGGAGGGGGUGUGUGUGGGGGAGGGGGUUGGAGGAAAUGUAAUUGCCACCAAAAAAGCUCGACAGCCUUUUCUGAACCAAAGUUGGGACCUCCCCCCAAUCAAAAAUUCCUGGGUGCCCCCCUGAGUGUCAGUUUUAGCGGAGUGUCUUACUUAUAGAGGAGUUCGUAAAACAAACUGCUUUAUAUGGGCAGAGCAAGUCUUUCCUAAAAACAUAAACGCCUCGGCUAGUUAGGUAGAUACUAAGACACAUUUGGGAGAACUAGUCAUCAUUUCAUUCGUAUUGAGUUUGUUUUGUUAUAAAUUCCUUUAUCAGCGACUUCCAAUGGAACUAGUGCAUCCCUUUCCAAUCUCGAAGGAGGGCGCUGUGUGUCUUCUAACAUGAAGCUAGCAAUGUACGUUUGCAGUGGCCCCUCAGGUCAGAACAUAGUUAGUAAAUGUAUCGUGUCUACAGUGAACUGUCACAAAUGUUUCUUUGGUACGCUAACUAAGAUACGAUGUAAUAACUUUUUCGUUCACUAAGUGUCAAUCGUUUGCAGCCAAGGACCUCUUGGCCUACAAAACGUCCUUAUUUAUGAUCACUCAGCUUGUUUACCCAUCCAUCCACCAAGGCCAUUUAUAUUAAUUUGUCGGGUAUUACUAGUGAGAUUGAGUGUUCCCUUUUGUCAUCGUCAAAGGUCUCCAUUCGUAUGGGGCAAUUGUUAUUGUUUAUUUUUACUUUUUUUACUACUUUUAUAAAACAACGAUCAGUAUGCAUUAUACAGAUUAAUUCUUUUAAGAGAAUCAUCAUGUAAACUUCGUUUAUUCAUUGAUAUAUUUGUAUUGUCCUUAGCUCAGCCAGUAGAAAGUGUAAGCGAUGCCAAUUUACACGUUUUUUUUAGGAGAAGAGCACCCGAUGUAAAGUAUAGGCCAUGGAUAUAAGAAGCUAAAACAAUGUGGUGUACAACCAAAAUUUAAAGGACCUAAUAACUGAAUUAUGCCAUUAGUUCUUCUCCUUUUCUCUCUCUCUUUUUUUUUUAUUAAAACGAACUCAAAAGAGCAUUAGGGGCUAACUCGAAAACCUCACGGUUCCUUUAGCCUCUAGGCUCCAAAUAAUUUAUUACUAUGUCAUGUUAUCCCAUUGUAAAUUUGUAAUGUAUAUAACAUGUUUCUUGUAACCAUUCUAAGUGUGAGUCAAUGAAAUAUUGUUAUAGCUAUUAUUGUAAUUAUUGUUAUUGCUACGUAGACAAAGAUACACCUAGGCCUUACAACUCUCUAUAUACUGUUUGCAGAUCCAUAUUGCACUGGAACUCAGACUAUUCAGCCAUCUCCUUCGGUCUGUUCAGUUCUACCUACAACUGACACUAGCGGCAGCACCACCAGCAGCAGAAGCUGGGGUAGCACAACUACCACUAGCAUCAGUAGCAGUAGUACCAGCAACAGCGGUAGCACCAUUACGAGAAGCACUAGCAGUAGCGGUAGCAGUGGUAUCAGCAGUGGUAUUACCAUUACCACUAGCGGCAGUAGUAGCAGCAGCAGUAGCAGCAGUAGUAGCAGCAGCAGUAGCAGCAGCAGUAGCAGCAGCAGUAGCAGUAGCAUCAGCAACAGUAACAGCUUAAGCCCAACAAGCACAAUGCUUCCUUUGCCAUGUUCAGGUAUCUUCACUUUCACUUUCUUUUCUUCACAUUACGGUUCUUUAUAUUAUUUAAGGGGAAUCUUUUUGCUAUUAAACGUACCAUGACAGAGAUUGGAAAGAUUUCAGUUUCCUUUGACUUAAGACCAGUUGUUCCCCUUCUAUAUUUUGAUAUGUGAUGUUUGGAUAAAGGGGUUCCGCUGAGGCUUUUAAACCAAGUCCUUUAGCACGAUUUACUAUUUCCUUACGAGACCUUUGGACCUCGUUUAGGACUGGCCGACAUUAAAUUGAAUUCUCUGUGUGAUGUGAGCUGUCCGAUUUCUGAGUCCGUUUAGGGCUAACUCACGUAAGAUUGCAAAAAGUAUUCUGUGUCAUGUAUGAUGUCCGAUGUCUGACUCGUUUAGGACUAGCCCACAUAUAAUCGUAUUCUCUGGUCGAUGUGUGAUGCCCGCUCCUGGCAAUUUCCGAUGUGUGACUCCUCGAAGUAAUAGCCGACAUAAAAUUGUAUUUUCCGUUCAAAAUAGGUAAAUCUCCAAACAGGCCAAAAAAAUAUGUGUCCCUUCUCUUCCCUUCACCGAAAUUCCAGUGUCCAUCCAGGUGUCAACCCCUCACUCCCUCAAUUCGAAAGCUGCCCCCUGGUUAUACAAAUUGUAAACACAGGGCAAAAAACAUGAACUGAACUUCGUUAUCACUUUGCCUUUUGCCUAACAGCAUCCAUUCCGGACUCAUACAUGAACGUGAAAUCAGGAAUACCAGGUAAGAAAAAACUUACAGUCGUAGAUUUCUGUUCUAUCUUUCCUUAUCUUUACUAAUUUCACACUAGUAUCAUCGAGUAGUCAACACUAGUUACUGGGUGCGCUGACUGCUUCAUACGGUUCGACAGUUUAAGUUUCAUGGAGGUAAAAAUGACAACUACUCAAUCUCUGACGACGUUGUACUGGGGAUUACUUAUAUGCGCUAUACAGCUAUGCGCUCAAACAGGGACGGACCCAAGUCAGUUUUUUAAGAGGAGGUGGGUAUGAUCUCAGGCUAAGAGGAGGUGGGUAAAACCAAUCGGUCAGGAAACAAAAGGUUUAGUUUAAUUUGUCCUAUUGAGUUCCUAAAACACUGCAAUUGAGAAAUUAUAAAUACGAACCCGUAACAACGAACAUUCUUACAACGCUACAAAAUAGAAGAAAUACAUUACAACCCUAAAACCGUGUACUCUUACUACUGAGUACACGUUAUCACGCACUGACAUGAAAAAAAGGUGCAAACGUUAAAAUUUUUUAACAACAAGUUACCAGGCUAAAAAGAAGGUUGAAUAUCCACCGAUUCAACCUCCUGUGUAUCGCCCCUGGCAAAUAAAAGUAUAAUUUUUUGACCCCCUUUUGGCCUGAAAUUAGAUGUCCGAUGUCCGCGUUUUGAUGUCAGAUGUCUGAUGUCGUAUGUCAGAUGUCUGAUGUCUGAAGUCUGAUGUCUAAUGUUCAAUGUCCGAUGUCCUAUGUCUGUCUGUCUAAUGUCUGAUGUCUGACGUCCGAUGUCCCAUAUCCAAUGUCUGCUUUGUGAUGUCCGAUGUCUGAUGUCUGAUGUCUGAUGUCUGAUGUCCGAUGUCUGAUGUCUGAUGUCCGAUAUCUGAUAUCCGGUGUCCAAUGUCUGCUACAGGUGUCCGACGUCGAUAUCUGAUUCAAAUUUCAGUCCGAAACGCCACAAGGAACCACUGAGUUUUCCAGGGUUCAUGAAGCAUUGAAUUAAGUAACUCUCAAUAAGUUUAUGUUCCUUUUAGUGAAUUGUCUGUCUGUUAGAGGCGCUUAUUAAGUAAACUGUAAAGUAGGUUUUAGGAAAUUUAUUCGUAGAUUUCUUGGGGACUAAUGAGCUGAGCAAAGACUUUAAAUAAUUCGAAUAGUUGCCUAUUUUUUGUGGUUUUAAUAUAAAUUUAUAUCCCCUAUUUCUAUAUGAAAAAGAAGAAAUUAGAGACACGUGAAAAUAUAAUACUAAAAUAAUUAUAAUCUGACUUUCCCUUUUAUGUUUUUAUUUUUGCUUCCAAAGUACUUAAAAACUGCAAAGAGCUUCUAGAUGCAAAUUACGUGGAGAGUGGCAGCUAUCGUGUCCAUCCUACACCCGACCUUGCGCAGGAAAACGAUGAAAUGGGUCCCUUUCGCGCAUACUGCGACCAAGAGACCGCUGGCGGCGGUUGGACUGUCAUAAUGCGCCGAUUCGACGGCUUUGUGAACUUUUUUCGAAGAUACUUCCCCUAUGUGGAAGGAUUCGGAAGUAUAUCUGGUGAAUUUUGGAUUGGACUGAAAAAGUUAUGGCAACUUUGCGGACAAUUUCCCGUCAAUCUCAGGUUCGAUUUUGAAGCUGAAGACGGCGUACUUAUCUAUGCGGAGUACAGUGAUUGUUCGAUAGGCGAUUGGACUACGAAAUACAAGCUUAUUGUUGGAAAAUUUAUUGGUAAGAUGAUUGGGGGCCUUGUAAAAUAAGUACCACUAGAGCAUUGUCCUUGGAUUUGCAGUCGGGAUUUUAGGUUUCUGGGAAAACUGCCCACCUACCCCUCCCCUAAGCAAACAUUAACACUUAUGGCUAAGUAAGGUCAAAUUGUUGGUUUAGGGGAGGGGUAGGUUGGCAGUUUCCCAGAAACCUAAAUUGAGCCACGUACUUUUCCAAUUUUUUAAGGGAUAUUUUAGUGGCUCCUACAGCAAUUCAAUAUUUUUAUAUCUGAAAGGGCGUCAUUCUUCACAUAUUCUGGGGAGGGGUGUGCAGAUAGAUUAAAGCAUUUUUAGAAAUUAUCAGUGAUAGACAUUACCCAGUUUUCCUUAUUUUGUACUCCAGUGCUAAGACGCUUCCAGUUAGGGGUAGAAUCGGGACUUCACUCCCAUUUUCAAAAUACAGUUGUCUAUCGUCGGGCAAAAACAGUUCAGGUGCAAACGGGGAAAUCUUUAGUGGAUCUUUAGUGGAUCUGUAUUGCAAUGUAAUGUAACGUAAUGUAAUAAUGUAACAUAACGCGAUGUUACGUAAUGUUAUGUAACAUCAACUGUCAGUAAUAGACAUGAAGCUGUACUUAAAUGAUUUUUCAGGGGGUGGUGCAGGAGAUGCGUUGUCAGCCCUCAAUGAUGUCAAGUUUGCGACUCAUGACAAACCUAAUAAUAUAGGCUGCUUUUCACAGUUACGAGGUGCUUGGUGGGUUAGCAGUUGCGAUCAAGACGCGUUUCCAACCGGAAGA